AAAAUUCAGAAAAAAAUACUCAUUUAGCUAAACAAAUUCUUGUUAUCCUUAUUUCUGAGUCACAAUCCCAAAUCUACAACAGUUCUCUAUAAAAAUGAAAAAUUUCCAAAAUAGCAGCUUUUGUAAAAAUUAUUUUAAAAAUGCAAUCUAAGAAAAAAUCUGAAAGAAUACUUAUAUAUCAACAAAAAAUCUUGUUAUCAUAAUUUCUAAAUGACAAUCCCAAAUUUACAAUAGGUCUCUAUUGAAAUGAAAACUUUCCAAAAGUAUGAGGUUUAUUAAAAAUUAUUUAAAAAAUGCAACCUAUUGAUUAAAAUUUCUGAAAGAACACUCAUCUAUAAAAUAAAAAAUCUUGUUAUCCUUAUUUCUACAAUAGUUCUCUAUAGAAAUAAAAAACUUUCCAAAAAGAGAAGCUUUCUUAAAAAUUAUUGAAAAAAUACAACUUUUUGAUGAAAAAUUCUGAAAAAAUAUUCAUCUAUCAACGAAAAUUCUUGUUAUCCUAAUGUCAAAGUCACAAUCCCAAAUCAACAACAUUACUCUAUAGAAAUGAAAACUUUCCAAACAGAGCAGUUUUGUAAAAAUUAUUGAAAAAUGUAACAUAUUGAUGAAAAAUUCUGAAAGAAUACUCAUCUACCAAAACAAAUUUUUGUUAUUCUUAUUUCUAAGUCACAAUCCCAAAUCUAGAACAGUUUUCUAUAAAAAUGAAAACUUUCCAAAAUAGCAGCUUUUGUAAAAGUUAUUUUAAAAAUGCAAUCUAAAAAAACAAAAUCUGAAAGAAUACUUAUAUAUCAACAAAAAAUCUUGUUAUCCUAAUUUCUAAAUGACAAUCCCAAAUCUACAAUAGAUCUCUAUUGAAAUGAAAACUUUCCAAAAGUAUGAGGUUUAUUAAAAAUUAUUUUAAAAAUGCCACAUAUUAAUGAAAAAUUCUGAAAGAAUACUCAUCUAAAAAAAAAAAUUCUUGUUAUCCUUAUUUCUACAAUAGUUCUUUAUAGAAAUAAAAAACUUUCCAAAAAUAGCAGUUUUUUAAAAAAUUAUUGAAAAAAUACAACAUAUUGAUGAAAAAUUCUGAAAAAUACUCAUCUAUCAACGAAAAUUCUUGUGAUCCUAAUUUCAAAGUCACAAUCCCAAAUCUAUAACAGUACUCUAUAGAAAUGAAAAUUUUCAAAAAAUAGCAGUUUUGUUAAAAAUUAUUGAAAAUGUAACCUAUUGAUGAAAUUUUCUAAGAGAAUGCUCAUCUAUCACCAAAAAUUCUAUUUAUCCUAAUUUAUAAGUCACAAUCCUAAAUCUACAAUAGUUCUCUAUUUAAAUAAAAACUUUCAAAAAAUGGCAGCUUUCGUAAAAGUUAUUGAAAAAAUACAACCUAUUGAUGAAAAAUUCUGCAAAAUACUCAUCUAUCAACAAAAAUUCUUGUUAUCCUAAUUCCAAAGUCACAACCCCAAAUAUAUUAUGAUUAGUUGUUUUAAAUCCUAUGUGUUUUAAAUCAUAUUAUUGAAUAUUUUCAAUCGCAUAUAACCUAAACUUUAAAAAUCACGUGUCUUAAAUUUAUAUAGUUUUUCAUAUUAUGAUUAGUUGUUUUAAAUCCUAUGUGUUUUAAAUCAUAUUAUUGAAUAUUUUCAAUAGCAUAUAACCUAUACUUUAAAAAUCAUGUGUCUUAAAUUUAUAUAGUUCUUAUUGUUAAAAUAUCUUGCAUUUUAAAGUUAAUUAUUAUAUUUGUAAGAUAUUUUAUGUAACUUUCAAAAAUAUAUUAUAUUUUAAGUUAAAUUAUAUAUAAUUCUUUGAAUUUUAUAAUUUUACCGUAUUUAAAUUGAUUUUUAUUCUAUUACAAAAUAAACCGUUUUGGAAAUUCUGACAUAUUUAAAAAUAGCAAAUUAAAGAUCUGAUGUGUUAAAACACGACUGGAGGUUUUAAAUCCUAUGUGGACGCCCUCAAUGGUUUAGAUUAACUUUUAUAUAGUGUAGAUUAUAUUACUAACUAGGAAAUUAAUUAAUAUGUUAUUUAUAAAAAUAUUGAAAACUUUGAGUAAGAUUUUGUUAGAUUAUAUCUCUAACAGAUUUUGUUAUAAUUAAAAAUAAAUAAAUUUAAAUUUAUAGUUGGUUUAUUAUUAUUAAUGGGAGGUAAAUAAUCAAAUAUGUUAUAUUAGCAUAGAUGAGUGAAUGUAGAUUGAAUCAUAAUAGUCUUUGGUUUAGGGUAUGGUAACAUAUGUUGUAGUAUUUUUAGGGUUAGAUUUUAAAAUCUCAUCUUAAAAAAAAACAAUUUGACCUAUAUGUGAUGACUAUCUAAUAACUUGAUUUAAAUACUUUCUAAAUAUCUUAAAAGUUUAAGAAUGUGUUUUUUUGCUUAGUUAUUUGAUUACAGGGUCUGGAAGACUCACAUAGACUUCUUAAGAAGUCUUCUGGCAUAUUCCACCUAAAUUUUAGUAGAAUUUAGGUUUCCCGCCUAAAUUUAGAAAAAAAUAGGUUUUCUGUCUAAAUCGAAGUCUUCCAGAAGUCUUCCCGAAUUCUUCUAGGGAAAGUCUUCUCAUGUCUUAGAUCUUAAAAAUAAUUAAUAAAUUUAAUAAAAAAAUAUUUUGAAAGAGAAAAAUAGAAAUCAUGAUUAAUAAACAUUUAAUAACGAUGGAAAUUUAGUUUUACUAAAUUUAAAUUACUUUUAACAUAGAUAAGUGAAUGUAGGAUCUAGAAAACUUCCAAGAAGUCAUCUCUUAGAAGACUUCCCAAGAAGUCAUCUCUUAGAAGACUUUCCAAUAAGUCUUCUCUUAGAAGACUUCCUAAGAAGUCUUCUAUAUCAAAAAUAUUUAACCUAAUUGAAAUUUUUGUUUCCAUAUAUAAAAAAAAUUUACACAUUCUCUUUCUUCCUCUCAAAUGGCUGCAACAAAAAUAUAAUAUUUCUCACUCUAAAACUCUUCAACCUCUCUCUAAUCUUUUUGAACAUCAAAACACCAAAUUUAAAUCCAUUUCUCAUUUUUUUCUUAUGUCUUCUCACAAAUUUAUCUUCUUUUUGCAGGUUUUUCAUUACAUGGUUCUCAUGUUUCACUCAUUCAAAGGUAACUCUAUAAAUGUUAGAUAUGUAUUAUUGUGUGAUUUAUAUAUUAUAUUCUUAAAAGCUAUAGAUUCAACAUAUUGUGACAGUUUUGUUUAUUAUUUAAGCAUUAAAAUUAUUGAAGUUUUUAUCUGUUUUGAAGCCAUUUGAAUGUUUUUGAAAUUGUAGGUUUUCAGAUCUCAGACUGACGUUGAAAGAUUUCUCAGAAGUCUCUCGGAAGACUUCUAGACAAGUCUUCUAAUGUAUUUUAUCCUAGAAGACUUCCCACGAAGUCUUCAGGAAGUCUUCUGCCCAAAGUGGUACAAAUUUUGGAUAUGUAUUUUUUGUGUUUUAUAUAUUGGAUUUUAAAAAGUUAUAAAUUCAACCUAAUGUGACAGUUUUUUGUUUAUUAUUAAGCAUAAAUUUUUUUUUUGAAGUUUUCUCUGAUUUGAAGCUAUUUGAAUGCUUUUGAAUAUGUAAAACUUUCAGAUCUAAAUCAGACUUUGGAGAACUUCUUAAAAGACUCUUGGAAGACUCUCGGACGACUUCUUGGGAAGUCUUCAAUUGCAUUUUAUGCUAGAAGACGUCCCACAAAGUCUUCAGGAAGUCUUCCAAAGUUUCCUGCUCAAAGUUAUACAAAUUUUGGAUAUGUAUUGUGUGUUUUAUAUAUUAGAUUCUAAAAAAUUACAGAUUCAACCUAAUUUGAUUGUUUUAUUUAUUAUUUAAGUGAAAAAAAAAUAUUUUUGAAGAUUUCUCUGUUUGAAGCCAUUUGAAUGCUUUUGAAUAUGCAGAUUUUUCAGAUAUGAGUUAGACUUUGGAAGAUUUCUCAGAAGACUCUUGGAAGACUCUCAAAAACUCUCGGAAGACUCUUGGCAGACUUCUUGAGAAGUCUUUUAAUGUAUUUUAUGCUAGAAAACUUCCCACGAAGUUUUCGGGAAGUCUUCUGCCCAAAGUGGUACAGAGGAAUGAUUUCAAGUGGAGACCAAGCUUAUCUAUGUUGAGAAAUAAUAUCUAGUUUCAUGUGCAAUAGUUUUGUCUAUGGUCUGUUUUAUGAUUUGUAUGUGCACUAUUCAGUUGUGAAUUCUCUUGUAAACUUAAGGAAAUGUUAAUCAAAAGAAUUUUUUUAACCAUUCUACCCACUCAUAACAAAACACAACAACACAAAAACUUAGUCAAAUUUACUAAACCUAAGAGAGAAGACUUCACAAAAAAAACUAAGUCAAAUCGACAAAAGAAGAAACUUGAAUUUUUAGUGAAAGUUGGAAUUUUUUAAGUUUCAUGUAAGUUAAAAAUUAUAUCUUAUAAUCUAAAAAGACACAUUAAACCACAUGACUUGAUAUUCAUGAAGUUACUUAACACUUUUGAAGUUAACACUUAUGAGGAAGACUUACAGAAAACUUAUCCGUUUAGCUAGAAACAUUAUUAAACAUAAAUGUUUGUAACUUCAUAAUUAUCACCAAUAAAGUUAUGAAUUCGACUCAGUAGUCCAAAAAUUGACUAAUAAACAUGAAUUAGCAAGAAAAUAUUAAAAUUUCAUUUUAAUUUUGGAUGUAUGUGAAGCUUAAUUAAUUUUUACGUAGAAGUCUUCUAUUAAGGUCAUUUUUGUGAUUGCAAAUUUACGAAAGAAGACUUCUGAAGAAGUCUACUCUACAUAAGACAUCUUCGGAAGUCUUCCUUUGUAAAUAUUGGCUUACAUUUGAAAUUGAAAUUUUUUUCGAAAUUCUCAGAGAAGACUUCUUGUACUUUUGAAGUACUUCUUGUACUUUUGAAUUUUUUUCAAAAUUCUCAAAAUUGAAAUUGAAAUAAAAGUCUUCUCGAAUAAACAUGUUACUUUUGAAUUUGACCGAAAUUGGUCAAAAUUUUGACUUUUUGUAAAAGACUUCUAGGGAAGUCUACCUGGAGAAUACUUCAAAAGAAGUCUUCCGGAAGUCUUCUCAAUUUUGCAAGAAGUCUGCUGGGUUACUUUUGCAAUUGACUAUAUUUUGACUUUUCGAGAUUAGACUUCUUUAGAAGUCUUCUCGAGUUUAAUUAUGGGUUUUGGUCAAAUCUUCGACUGCGAGAGAAGACUUCUCAUUGAUAUUAAAUGUUUUAUUAUUAUUUUUCAAUUGCAAAAGUUAUCCACACAGACAUCUUCCGUCAUUGAGAAGACUUAGGGAAGACUUUCAAAAGACUUCUGUAGAAGUUUUCUCCAGGAAGACUUUUCUCCAGGAAGACUUCUUUAGAAGUCUUUUACAAAAAGUCAAAUUUCUGACGAACUUCGGUCAAAUUUAAAACUAACAUGUUUAUCCGAGAAGACUUCUAAGAAAGUCUUCUCUUAGAAUUUCAAAAUUUUUGUUUACAAAGGAACGCUAGAAGACUUAUAGGGAAGUCAUCUAUUAAAAAUACACAAAAUGUCAAUUGCAAAACUAACCUAUGCAUUGACCAGAAGACUUCUAAAGAAGUCUUCUCGAUGAAAUUAGAAGUCUUCUUCGUCAAACAGAUCUGGAAAAUAAAAUGUGUUUCGCAAUUUUAUACCUUGAACUCGUGAGAUGACUUGUGUGGUUUCUCCAAUCACCCAGAACUUCACCACAACAACUACCUACUCGUAUCACCAAGAAUCGUGAGCUUAUGAACCUUACAUAAUUUGUAAUCAAAAUCUUCAAAUUUUUUUGAUUAAUUUUGUGAGAAAGUGUAAGAUAUGUGGUUUUAGUGGACAAGAAAUGAGAAAGGAUGAGUAAAAAUUCAAAACUUUAGGGUAUUAACACUCUCAAUUUGGUAAUUCAUGGUGGUUGAGGUAUUGAUGGCAAUGGCAAAGUUGUAGAUAUUUGGUGAAGAUGAGGAUGGUAAGGUAAACUAUUAUUUUCGAAAAAAAAAGAAAAAAAGGUAAUUGCAUUUUCGUGAAUAACUAAAACGUCUAGGGUGAAUAGGACAAAACAAAGUUAAAAAAAAAACAUAGUUUAUUUUUGUGUUUGACUUGAAAUUUUGAGUCAUUUUUGAAAGAAACAUUUUUUUUAAAUGAGAUUUUUAUUAUUUGGAAAAAUGAGUUGUAUAUGGUCCUAAUGAGAUAUGCAAGUCUGCAACAAAUCUAUAAUUCAUUAAUUUCGGAUAUUAUAUACUUUGUUUAGAAUUUGAUGAAUUUUGGAAAUAAUGAAAAUAAUACAUUUUUCUUCUAAAAUUAUGAACUUAAGAUAUGCAUUAAUCUAAUGUACAUGUGUGUAUCCAUGAUUCUCUUUUCUAAAAAGUAACAAAUAUGAUUUUAUGUUUAUAAUUUUUUUUCUUAGUAUAUGUACAUAUGUCUUAUGGACAUGUAUCAAACUAAGGUUUUCCAAAAUCAUUAGAUAAACCUAAAAAUCUAAUAUUUUCUCCCAAAAUUGAAGGCUUCACCGUUAAGAUUUUGUGAGAUGGCUUCACUACCAUUAGCCUUAGCCCAAUCUCCUCCUCCUCUUCAUUGUUGGUCCGAGCUUCCUCUAGAUCUCAUGCAACUGAUCUUCGAGCGCCUUGGAUUUACCGAUUUCGAACGAGCUAAAUCAGUUUGUUCAUCUUGGCUAUCUGGUUCUAGACAAUCUAAGCCAAACAAUAAGAUCCCUUGGAUGAUUCUACUCCCCAAGAAAAAGAAUUACUUUCUCUUGUUCAAUCCUGAAGAUAGAGAAGAAAAACUCUACAAAACUCAACAUCUUGGCGACGACUUUGCACAUAGUGUAUGUUUUGCGACUUGUAGAAGCUGGCUUUUGAUGGCGAUUUUACCUGUAGAACGUCUUUACAUUUUAAAUCUUUUAACCCUCGAGAGGAUCAAUCUACCUAUAUCGUGUGGAUCUUACAAUACGAUAUUGUGGAUAGACGAGAGAAGCAAAGAUUACCUUGUUAUAGGAGAAGAUCUUGCUUAUUUCAAGAAAGGUGAUAACUCGUGGAAAAAAAUCUCUGAACAGUUGUCAGGUUCCCUAAAAGGCAUGGUAUUCAAAGAUCACAAGCUCUAUGGUCUCACCAAAGAAGAACUCCGAAUUUUCGACUUUUCUGGUGAGUUUCCUAUGCAAGUUUCCAGAGUUAAUGUAGGGGGUUGCGUAAAACUAAAAAUAAAAAAAAUAGGCGGGAUGAGAUCGCCUGAACCAUGGAAAUUCUAUGAGCUUCGCAGGAGGAAUAAUGUGGUACUCACUUUAGGAGGAGAUGUCUUAAUUGUAAGGAGCAAAAGUCCUUGUAUGUCCUAUUCAUGGAACUUUAGAAUCUUCAAGAUGGAUUCAUCAAAUGGAAAGAUUAAAUGGAAGGAGAUUUUUUCUUUGGGAGAUGAGGCGAUUAUUUUAGAUUUGGGUAUUACAGUGCUUGCCAAGGACCAGGAAGGCAUCACUAAUAACUCCAUUUACUUCACUGCUCAUGAGAUGGAUUGGUUCGACAAUGACAUCUUUGUAUUCAAUCUCGAUACAAACAAGGUUGAACAACUACCACAACUUGUUUCCUCUAUUUCAUUCUCUGAAGCUCAUUGGUUCUUACCAAGUUUCAGGAAUGGGUGAUCCUAUCUAUAGGGGUUUUUCUUCGUUGUUGUUUAUUGAAUUUAAGCUUUAAUAAUAACUGGUAAAAAAAUGGUAUUUUUUGGGCCUUCAAUUUCUUCUUGUGUUUUAACCAAGUUUGCCUAUGAAUAGAGAUAUGUGUACCAUCUUCUUAUUUGUUCCUAAAAAUAGAGACUGGGUUUGCUACUAUGUGAAUAUAAGAUUUAUUUGGAUAUAUAAGAAAUAAUAAAAUUGGAUAGGAUGCAAAUAUAUGAAAAUAUAGUUAACAUUCUUUAAAUUGUCCCUACUAGGAUAAAUACUUAGUGAUCCAUUAAUUUAGCCAAGUUAAAAAAAAAACUAGUCUUAUUUAAGAAAAAUUUACUCUCUAUGACACUUUUUGUCUUAUCAAUUACACAAAAAGACACUUCUUGCUCGAGACAUACUUGUUGGCUGUGCUUUGUCUAUUUUGUCCCUCUUAACCAAACCCACUAGUUGAUAGUUCUAGUUUUGUUUCACUUUCUAGCUUAUAUUCCUUUGGACCUCGUAAAAUUAAUCUCUCUUUCCUAUUCUCUUCCAUCUUUUCAAAUAUAAUUUAAUUUUUCAUUUUCUUUUAUCUCAUGAACCCUAGUUCGCCAAAAAAUCAAUAGAAACAAAAUUCCAAAAAAAUUUCGCCUCGCUGCUAUUUCCAAAAAGUGUAUUGUAUUCUCUCUCCAAUAUUAUAUUUACUUUCACUAAUUCCCCAACUUUAAUUUCACGAAACUCUCUUCUUCUUCUUUAUUAACUGUAGAAAACACCAUGAAUCCAUAGUCCUCUUGUUUGUUUUUCUUAAUCCUUUUCCAUUUUCAUCUGCUUUUUAUUAUUGGCAUUGUUUGUCCGACUUAGCACAUAUCCAGCUCGGGAUCCGCCGUGGUGGCCGUUCGGCUGCCCAAAUGUUGAGAAGCUUCGGACUCGUCAUCUCUUCCAUCCAAUCCAUCACAACCUCCACCCUGGUUUGCUUGAUCUGAGAUUGCUUGUGUCCUCUGGUUCAUAAGAUCUUCAGCGGGUUCGCUGUUCCAGUGGAGAUCGCGCCGUUCUCCUGCGAUUUCACGAGAAGGAAACUAGAAGAGCUUUUGGAAUACAAGGUGAAGCUUAGGGUGAAGAAUGGCGGAGAUACAGUGGUUGUGAUGGAUAAUGGAAAUUUACAUGGUGGGUCUGUAUUUGGAGAGAGAUCGGUAUCAUUUCAAGAUCUGAUUGGGAUUAGGGCUUGAAAGAUGGUGAUUUGCGAGGGCUUGAAAGUCAGUGAUUUGGAAUUGGAAAAUGGUUCUCUGAGAUAUGUUUGUGGAACUUAUGGGCAGAACUCACGGCCAUCCACAUCCACAUGCUCUCUGUUUAUUUUGGUCCGCAACUCCGACUGUCUGUCCACAACACUUUUGUCUAUAUCCACACACAUAUAUCUUCAUCUUGUGUAAGCCAUUUUCAUCUAAUUUAUUUGUAACAUCUUUAGUUUGUGUACAACAUUUUAAUUGUUGUAUCUUCUUCCUUCAAUUGCAACUAAUGUUUUGUACAUAUCUGUACAUACCCUACUGUCCACACGUAUAUGUCCGCAAUUUAGCCGUUCACACGUUUUC